CCUUGAUUGUGCAUGCCAUUGCCUUUCAAGUCUCUAUCCGUCUCUUUUCUUUUUCUGCCCGGCCUUUUUCAACAACACAUAUUCUCCUCCAUUUCUCUUUCUAUCUCACUCACUUACUUACACACAGUGAACGUACGCCUCGUUGCAGAGUCGCUUCUCGCUCUUUCUAUAUUUCUCUCAUUUCAGGGGAGAUGCCAGAAAUCCAACUGGGGGUUCACACUAUAAGGUCCCAUGGAGCUCAAGUGGCAAGGACUCACAUGCAUGAUUGGCUUGUUUUGUUGUUUCUUGUGGUCUUGGAGAUCGUUCUGAAUGUGAUAGAACCAUUCCACCGCUUUGUUGGGGUGGGAAUGAUGGAAAACCUCAAGUACCCUUUGCAAGAAAAUACCAUUCCCGUGUGGGCAGUUCCGAUUAUUGCAAUACUGGUGCCUCUUGCUGUCAUACUCAUAUACUACUUUGUUAGAAAGGAUGUUUAUGAUCUGCAUCAAGCCAUAUUAGGGCUUCUGUUUUCAGUACUCAUCACAGGAGUCUUAACUGAUGCAAUCAAAGAUGCAGUUGGUCGACCUCGUCCAGACUUCUUCUGGCGUUGCUUCCCUGAUGGCAAAGGGGUUUUUGAUCCUGUCACGAGCAAUGUCAUUUGUACUGGAUUAAAGUCUGUUAUUAAGGAAGGACAUAAAAGUUUUCCGAGCGGACACACAUCCUGGUCCUUCGCUGGUCUUGGUUUUCUUUCCUGGUACAUGGCAGGAAAGAUCAGGGUAUUUGAUCAAAGGGGACAUGUUGCAAAGCUUUGUAUUGUUGUCUUGCCAUUACUGGUUGCAGCUUUAGUUGGUGUCUCACGAGUUGAUGACUACUGGCAUCACUGGCAGGAUGUAUUUGCCGGAGGGCUUCUAGGAAUGGUCAUUUCUUCAUUUUGUUACUUGCAAUUCUUUCCACCACCACAUGACAUUGAUGGUUGGGGGCCUCACAUUUAUUUCCAGAUGUUAGCAGCGUCCAGAAAUGACACUCAGCCGACCAGUCUCAAUGUUUUAAAUGUACCACCAUCAGAGAUUGAGAACGUGUAUAUCCAAUCUCACAGUGGCAUGGGCAUGUCAGAUAACAACAUCCAUGACAGAAAUUCGACCCUCAGUGAAAUGGAGAGUGGCAGAGGACGUUAGUCAAGGUUUUAUCAUCUGCUUAUCCUCUUUAUGUUCUGCAGAAUCAUUUAGCUCGUUGGAUAUAUCAUCUAGCGUAGUAGUAUUUCAUUUAGAAGAAACACUCACAACUCAUCAUAUGCCCAUAUGUGUCUACACUCUACUGACUAGCGUAGUAGUACAUUUUGACUUUGAAGGAAAAACCUAUUACUUCUCGAUGUUUUAAACUAGAUAUGUAAACAACUAUUAUAAUUUAGUUGCUCUUUAAAUCUCA